GACUCCACCCUUUCGACUCUAUCGAUACAUCGAAGUGUGACGUCACGUCACGUCGUCGUAAACUGCCGUAAAUAAACAUUUCAUUCAUUGAACCAACACACCGUGGCCUUUUCUUCGCUGACGUUUCAAUCAAAGCCUCCAAAAUGGCAGCCCUGGACACCAUGCCGAUGCUGUAUGCGUUUGAUGAUAUGGAAUCAGGAGGGAAGGAAAGCAGCAUAGAAAAUGACUUUGCUUAUCGCAACAAUGUUGUCAAUGCAUCGCAGAAAAUAAGAAUGGGGUUCAUCAGAAAGGUGUAUUGCUUGCUGUCCAUGCAACUGAUUAUCAGUGUGAUCAUUGGGGCAGUGUGUAUGUUUGAACCACAUGUCAAAGGCUUCAUCAAAACAAAUGAUUGGCUGGUAUCUAUGAGCUUUAUUGCUAGCAUUGUUAUUCUCAUUGCUCUGCACAUCAAGCGAAGAGAAACCCCUACUAAUCUCAUUCUACUUGCUGCUUUUACUGUGGUGCAGGCCUACACGAUUGGUGUGUUGGUGUCUUUCUACGAUCAGUCCUUGGUUUUGACUGCAUUGGGUCUUACCUUUGCAGUUGUGUUUGGUCUCACUUUGUUCACUUUCCAAACUAAGAGAGAUUUUACAUCAAUGGGCUCUGGACUUUUUGCUGCGUCUUGUGUGCUUCUGCUUGGACUGUUCGUUAAUAUGGUUCUUGGCAACUCCAUGUUUGACUUUGCUCUGUCCAUUGGUGGAGCAAUGUUGUUCUCCCUUUUCAUUGUCUAUGACACGAAGCUUUUGAUGACUCAACUUUCUCCUGAAGAAUACAUUCUGGCUACCAUUAACUUGUACCUGGAUAUUGUCAACCUGUUCAUCUAUAUUCUUCGAAUUCUUGAGGCAGCUCGCCGCAGUUAAAUGUUCCUACUUUUUUUUUAUGUUCCACUUUAUUAAGCAUGUAUUGUUAAUGCAAAUUUUUUGAAACUUGUGACAUUGUUAGAAGCAAGGGUUUUAUAUUACCUCUAUCUGAUGACAACUAUUUAAAAUUAUUGAACACUUCAUGCGUAGCUUUCCACUACUUGUAUUGUGAAAAAUUGUGCUUUAUUGCAUCAAAGGGACUAGAGUCCAAUCGGAAGUUUGCUGCACUCACACUAUACCUUUGGGAGUUUUUGCAACAUUUAAAAUAUCAGCAACAAUGAAACAUUCUAAAUGAUACAGUAUUUUUGUUUUAUUCUUUUGACAAGAAGGCUUUGCACAAAAAGAGAAUCUUUGCUUUCUAUACAUACACUCUUUCCCUUCCACUUCAUACUAUAGCAUCCUAUCGUAAUGUUAGACAAAACAUUUUUGUAGGCUGGUGAGCAGCAUGUUCUCACUGCAGUGGUCCAGCACAUGUUUCUGACUUGAAUUUUUUCGCGUCAGUUUUUGCUAACAUUUAAGAUAUUCAAAAAUUGUUAAUAAAAUUUGUGGAAUGCCUUGAAUAGAAAACUUCAAAGUGCAGAAUUUUUUAGGAGGAGUUUGCAGAUUUGUCAGGCAAUACCAAUGAUAUGUGAUAAUAUUAUGGGUGGCUGUGUAUGAGUUGUGGUUUGUUACAGUUAUUAUGUAUUGUAAAUAAACAAUUUAAAAAA